AUGGCACCCCCCGGCUGGUGGCCCCCCGGGUCCCACCCCUCCGACCCCGACGCCAACCUCCCCGAGGCCGUCGACCGGCACUACGCCCUGCCCGAGGUCGUGCCCUCCGACCACCCUCAAGCCGCACAAUCCGCCUUUGAGCGCGAGAAACACCUCGCGCCGGUGUCGAUGGGGUAUGGGGUCUCGCCUUUGCCUUGGUCGCCUGAGAAUGGUCAUGGUAUUGGUCAGUAUACGCCGUCUUCGGGGUACGGGAGUUAUAAUAAUGUGGAUGGGGCGAGGGGGAUUGGUGGACCUGGGGGACCUGGGGGGGAUGGGGGACCUGGCGGGAGUGGGAAUGGGAAUGGGGGGGAUGGGGUGAGGAUAUGGGGGAUGAGGAAGCGGACGUUUGUGAUUUUGGUUAUAGGCGUUGCGUUGUUGGUGGUGGGUAUUGCGUUGGGGGUUGGGCUUGGGGUUGGGUUGAAAGCGUCGUCGGAUGGGCGGACUGCGACGUCUUCGGGGGUUCCGGCUGGGGAUAGUAACGGUGGGAGUAGUGGUGGUAACGGUAACAACAACAACAACGGGACCAACGGGAACAAUGGGAACAAUAACUCAACAGGCGGAAGCGACCCCUCAUCAACCCUCUUCCACAACACCUCCCUAGCCGCCACCAACUACACCGACCUCUCCAACAACAUCCACCAAUACGUCUUCUUCCAAGCCGCCAACCUCGACCUCGCCGUCUCACUCUGGGACUCCCAAAACCAAACCUGGACCACCCUCUCCAUCUCCCGUCUCCUCGCCUCCACCGGCCUCAACCUCGACCUCAUCCCGGGAACCCCCAUCGCGGCCCACACCUACACCAACCCAACCUUCCAAACCCGCGUCUACUUCCUCACCAAAGGCAACUCCAUCCGCGAACUCAUCACCUCCGAAGACCCGUCCCUCACCACCUCCUGGCGCCAGGGCUUCCUCGGCAGCACCAAACUCGUCACCGCUCAACAAGGAUCCCAAUUGGCCACUCUCCGGCCGCAGUGUGGAGUGAGUAUCGAUUGUCAGGUGCAUUAUCCGUGGUUGGCGAUUGCGUAUCAGGGGGAAGGUGGCGUGGUUGCGGUGACGAGGUCGGAUGAUUGGGAGCCGAUGGAGAUACCGAUUGGGCCGGCGCCGAGGGGGUCGGCGGUGGGGUUAGCGAGCGUGGCGAAGGGGGAGGGGCAUAAUAUUACGGAUGUGAGGUGGAGUUUGUUUUAUGAUGAGGAGGGGGAGUUGCAGGAGAUGCAUGCGGAGGGGUUGGUGAAGAAGUGGACUAGGGGCGUCUCAACAGGCUACGCCCCCGACCCCGCCCGCCCCAACAUCGCCGCCCUCUCCUUCGACCUCAUCCACAUGAUGGUCAUCAGCGUCGACCCGGACCGGGAUCUCGAAAUCCGCCUGUGGGAUCCCGACGCCGCGUCCUGGAGCGGGCUGAAACCGCCCAACCUCCUGGACGCCGAUGAUAACGGCGCCGGAGAUAGCCCUGAGGACCCCAAGUUUGAUGCCGUCGCGGGGAACUCGCAGAAGCGGGUUUUUGGCGUUGUUAAUGGGGUCGUGCAUCAGUGGGAGUUUUUUGCGUUGGCGCCGCUGCAGUGGUCGUAUCGGGGGGUUGUGAAGACGUCGUUGGGGGGUUGA